AUGGCAUUGGCAAGGGCAAGGGCAAGGGCAAGGGCAAUGAAGGUUUCUGCCCUUUGCAUCAUAUCUCUUCUCAUUAUCAUCUUCUCUAAAUCUCAUGCCUUGCCUUCUUCGUCCCUUGACAAGGACUCCAUUUGCAGAACCACGCCACAUGCAGAUCACUGCAAUUACAUUUUAACCUCUAACAGGCUGCACACCAUCUUCGACUACGGCAACAUUUCGAUCCAUCAUUCUUUGUCGAAUGCUCGUAGUUUGCUUGCUUCCGUCGAACAUUUCCUCAGGCUCCCUUCGACGUCGCUCGAGAAGGUACGAGCGCUCGAGGAUUGCCGGUUUCUAUCUGAUCAGAACGUGGAUUUCUUGUCACAAGUUUCGGACGGUUUAAGCAGCUUCAACGCUGAUGAUUUGGAUGCUUUGCUUAGUGCUGCUCUAGCUAACGUAGAGACUUGCUUCCAAGGACUCGAAUCGGUGCCGUUAGCAUCGAAUAUCAAGGAUCGUUUGUAUCGGUUGAACGGAACGAAGAGCAUCAGUGUUUCUCUAGCGGUUUUCAGGCAUUGGGAUCAUGGUGACUUCACCGUAACUCGAAGAAACCUUAUGGUUCCCAAAUCCGAUUCGAUUAUCGAAAGAAACUCCCCUUUAUCAUUGCUGAUGUCAACCGAUAAGCAAGUAAUUCAUGAAUUUGCAACAGGAAAAAAGGAUAUUGAAAUGUUAACAAAUGGGAACAUUUCAGUGGCACAAGUGGUGGUGGUAAGUCCUAGAGGAGAUGGCCAAUUCACAACCAUCAACGACGCGAUCGCAGCCGCACCGAACAAUCCCGGUGACAGCGAUCAAUACUUUGUGAUUUACGUGGUCACCGGCAUCUAUGAAGAGCACAUUUCGAUACCUAAGAAUAAGCAGAACUUGAUUUUGAUCGGCAAUGGUAUAGGCCGCACAAUAAUUACCGGAAAUCGCAGCACCGCGGAUGGUUUAACCACGUUCAACACAGCAACAUUCGCUGUUGUGGGCAAGAAAUUCAUCGCAGUCGACAUAACAUUCCAAAACACUGCCGGUCCUACCAAGGGCCAAGCCGUCGCCGUCCGAAACGGAGCCGAAAAGUCCGUAUUUUACCGAUGCAGCUUCGAGGGAUACCAGGACACCUUAUACGCACACUCUGCCAGGCAAUUCUACAGAGAAUGCGAUAUCUACGGCACGGUCGAUUUCAUAUUCGGCAACGCCCCUGUCGUCUUCCAAAAGUGUAACAUAUACCCUCGACUACCAUUGCCGAAUCAACAAACCAUCAUCACUGCACAAGGAAGGACCGAUCCGAACCAAAGAACCGGCAUAUCGAUCGACGAUUGCGUCAUUAAAGCCACCGGUGACUUGGCUUCGAGCAGCGGAGCAAAGAAAACGUACCUCGGAAGGCCGUGGAAGGAGUACUCGAGAACCGUUUACGUACGAAGUUUCAUGGAUAGUUUGAUUGAACCUUCGGGUUGGAUUCAAUGGAAUCGGGAUUAUGAUAGUACACUUUAUUAUGCAGAAUAUAAGAACAAUGGGCCAGGAUCGAGUACUGAUUAUCGAGUUAACUGGCCUGGAUACCAUAAGGAUAUAAGCAGCACUGAAGUUGAUCAAUUCAGUGUUUCCAACUUCAUUAAUGGCGACAAAUGGUUGCCUGCAACUGGAGUUCCUUUCAAUGGGGAUUUCCAUUGA